UUCGCCCUCCAACCGGCGCCGCACGGCACAGAGGAACAACGCUGAAAACAGUCCGUUUUAAUACACAGUCGCUCAGUGCAACCUCCAACUUUUCUCUGGUAGAAUGGCAAUCCCCCCAACAUAUGCUGACCUUGGCAAAUCCGCCAAGGACAUCUUUAACAAAGGCUAUGGUUUCGGUUUGGUGAAACUUGAUGUGAAGACGAAGUCAGCAAGUGGAGUGGAAUUUAAGACGGCUGGGUCCUCCAACAUUGACACCAGUAAAGUGGUAGGCAGUCUGGAAACCAAAUACAAGAGGUCGGAGUAUGGCUUGACCUUCACAGAGAAAUGGAAUACUGACAACACGCUGGGCACAGAGAUCACCAUCGAAGACCAGAUUGCAAAAGGUCUGAAGCUGACAUUUGACACAACCUUCUCCCCAAACACAGGUAAGAAGAGUGGAAAAGUCAAGACAGCCUACAAACGUGAGUACGUCAACCUGGGCUGCGAUGUGGACUUCGACUUUGCUGGUCCCACGAUCCAUGCAGCGGCUGUGGUGGGAUACGAGGGCUGGCUGGCUGGGUACCAGAUGUCCUUUGACACAGCCAAGUCCAAAAUGACCCAGAACAACUUUGCUGUCGGCUACAAGACAGGAGACUUCCAGUUGCACACCAACGUUAACGAUGGCUCUGAAUUUGGUGGCUCCAUCUACCAGAAAGUGAGCGAUAAGUUGGAGACAGCAGUGAAUCUUGCCUGGACCGCCGGCAGUAAUAGCACACGCUUUGGCAUUGCCGCCAAAUACCAGCUGGACUCCACCGCCUCCAUCAGUGCUAAAGUGAACAAUACCAGCCUUGUUGGUGUUGGCUACACUCAGACACUGAGACCAGGUGUGAAGUUGACCCUGUCGGCACUGGUUGAUGGGAAGAGCAUUAACUCUGGUGGCCAUAAGCUGGGCCUGGGCCUGGAGCUGGAAGCUUAGAAAAAACGACUCCAAAUGUCAGGGCAAGGGAAUAUCAGAACGAUCUGGCCUUAAACCCAUUUCCAACUUAACCAGCAGGGGAAUUCUGGAACAGGAUGUGUUCAAAGGCUACAACUUCAACACUCAUUUCAGUAACCAUAACCAUGAUGGUGUUAUUGGUUUUUUUUUUUUGGUUUUUUUUUUUCGUUUUGACCCCCACAGUGUCAUGAUUUCCCUGUGAAUUUUUAAUUUUGUUUUCCAGUUUGUUUUUGUUCUUCUCAAGAACUUUCGCUGUAAGUCAACAACGUAUUCAUUUACUGAUGCGUGUACAGCAUCACUCGCACCACCGUUUGGGACAGUGGGAGUUUGUGGCUCUUUAAUGCCGGGGG